GCACAGCAGCAGACAGCAUGUUGUUGGAGAUGGUGGUGCCUAUGGUGGUGGCGGUGGUAGUGGUGGCGGCGAGCAUGAGGAUGUGGUACGUGUGUACGUCAGGUCGCUGCACCAGCACCAGGUCCAUGGCGGGCAAGACGGUCAUCAUCACCGGCGGCACGGCAGGCAUCGGGAAGGAGACGGCUCGUGACCUGCUCCGGCGCGGAGCCCGCGUCAUCCUCGCCUGCAGGAACCAGGAGAAGGGCACCAGGGUGGCCGGUGAGCUGCGGGCCGACGUGGGCGAUGUUGGGGAGUUGGUGGUGCGACACCUCGACACCUCCGACCUCGCCUCCGUCAGAACCUUCGCCAAGGAAGUGCUGGACGCCAAGGAGGCCAUCCACGUGCUGAUCAACAAUGCGGGCAUCCUUGGCCCUACGAAGAGGCGAGUGACGUCGGACGGCCUCGAGCUGACCAUGGCGACCAAUCACUUUGGUCAUUUUCUGCUGACCAACCUACUGCUGGGACGCCUCAAGGAGUGUGCGCCGAGCCGGAUUGUCAACGUGUCGUCUCGCGGCCACACGCAAGUCCACAAGUUUGACCUGGAUGACCUUAGUAUUGAAAACAGCUACUUCUCUUGGAAGGCUUAUGGGAUCACUAAACUGUGUAACAUUCUCUUCACUCGCGAGCUGGCGGAGAAGUUAGCGGGCACAGGCGUCACGGUCAACAGCCUCCACCCCGGCGUCGUGCGCACCAGCAUCUUUGACACCUUGGAAUUCGCUACAGGAUCUUUCUUCAUAAACCUACUGUUGUUAGUGCUCUCCAAGGACGAAGUCUCCGGCGCCCAGACCACUAUCCACCUGGCAGUGUCAGAGGAGGUGGAGGGCGUGACCGGCCGCUACUUCGCUGACUGCAAGGAGGAAACCACUUCCAAGCUGGCGCUCCGCAAGGAUCUAGCAACCGGCCUAUGGGAGGCCAGCGUGAAGGCCGUGGGGCUGCAGUAGCACGAGACACACUGCUGAGUGAGGCACACCACCAUCCGCCUCCUCCUGACUUUCUGACUUCCUGCAGCACACACUUCUUGCCCCUCCGUCAUGAGUCUUCCUUGCUUGUUCAGGGUCUCUGGGCCAGUGGACCGCCAGCACUCCUCGGGCGAGCAGCCGGGUGGCCCUUCUGCAGAGGUGAGGGUGACCCCUCUGCGGUUAUAGUCGACUGCUGGGCUGCUCGCUCGUGCACCGCUACGGGCUGCUCCCUGGGCGCCUGCCCGGAGGGCCCGUGCCUCCGUCGCUGCUCGCCGGCUGUUACCCGUGGCUGUGGCGGCGGCGGAGGUGUCCCUAGACCCGCAACGAGCUUGCAUUGCUCGCCCACCCUUUACAGGGCCGCCAUUUGGCCAAGGCCCUGUCCCCCUUUUAUGGGGGUUAAUCUUAAAGGAAGGUCUCUGGGAUACUUUCUUGUUGUCACGCCUGAGGCAUGAUUAUUAGCCUCCCUGACCCGCCGCUGACUUCCCGGCCCCAAAACGUAAUGUCAUCGUGACCAACAGCGUAGCGCUGGUGCUCAUGGCUUUCCUGACCCGACACAGUGUGUGUGUGGGUCUGUGUGUGCUCCUUACCAUUGCGCCUAAGAGACAAUGCUUACAGUUUCUGGUAACAAUGCUCUGUGUGCUUGAGGCAGCGGGGUGAGUGGAGGGACGGCUUGUCGGACACCUGAUAACGCGAGGUGCUAUCUCAGUAUUCUCUUCCUUCACGAAGUCAAGAUGUCGGAUUUUUUUUUUCCUUUAAUAAAUGAGAAAAUUAAAAUAAAGUG